UAGGACGGUUGUCCUCCUGUCUGUCCACCUCGAUGGGGACCAGGAACUUGGGAGGGGCUGUUGAGCCAUUCUCCCCUCCCCCCAACACACACCUGUAUCAGUUUGCAGGUAGGAAAGGUAACCAGGUCUUCUGCUCCGGGGAGAAGAUGGCGUGGCUGACCCACUUCCUGGCCUGCGUCUUUGGCACCGGCUCCUGGAUGGCGAUCAACGGGGUGUGGGUGGAGCUUCCCCUCCUAGUGACUGAAUUACCCGAAGGCUGGUACCUCCCUUCCUACCUCACCAUCAUCAUCCAACUAGCCAACAUCGGACCUCUCUUUGUCACCCUCAUGCACAAAUUCAAACCUGGCUUGUUGAAGGAGGUCCCGGUGAUUUGCGUGGUGGUCUCCACGGGCAUGCUGGCGUGCUUCCUCCUGGCUUUCCUUUGGCACUACACGACGCCCAUCGCCGGAGAACCGCACAGCGUGGCCUUCUUCGUCUUGACCUUCUUCCUCUCGCUGGUGGACUGCACCUCCUCCGUCACCUUCCUCCCCUUCAUGGCUCACUUCCACCCGCGGUAUGUCCCUACCCUCUUCAUCGGGGAGGGGCUCAGCGGGUUCAUCCCCGCCAUCUUCGCCCUGGCCCAGGGGGCCGGCAUCGCCACCUGCGUCCAGGUCUCGGGCCCGACUUCCAACGCCAGCCUGGGCAACGCUUCGCAGGCCAACGCGACGGGGACCAUGGAAACGCGCUACUCCCCGGCCAACUUCUCCAGCUUGGUCUUCUUCCUCAUCCUCUCGGCCAUGAUGCUCUUCUGCCUGGUGUCCUUCCUCUUCCUCAACCGGCAGCCGAAGUCGUUGGCUCUCUCCACGCAAGUCUUGUGCACCAGCAAUAUCUCCCUGAACUCCCUCCAGAAGAUCCCUACGGGCAAGGAGGAGCCGGCUCACUUGAAGGGAGGCUCAACCUACUCUACGGAGGGAACGAUGGAGAACCUCCACGAAGGGGACCCGUGGGCCGGGAAGGUCACCUACACCUGCUCCAAAUUAGUCCUCAUCUACUUCCUCGUCACUUGGCUGAACGCCCUGACCAAUGGCAUCCUCCCCUCCGUGCAAAGCUACUCGUGCUUGCCCUACGGCAACCUGGCGUACCAUCUGGCGGCCACCUUGAGCUCCAUGGCUAACCCUCUCGCCUGCACUGUGGCCACCUUCCUCCCCAAUAGGUCUCUAAACACCAAAAGGGAACUGGGGUACCGUCCCAAGUGCAAAAUCUACGGGCAGGAAACCAGGCUCUGUGGUUUAGCGAGAGAGAGACACACACACUCACACACACAUACUCCCAGCCUGGCAUUGCCCAUUGGGAAGAGUUCACCAAGGAAAUUGUAUCUGCGGUACUGGGUGUGGUGCCUUGCGGGUCCAUCUGUGUGCUCCCUGUGCGUUAACGGAUCCUGAAAGCUGUGCUGGAUGGGGACACGGUGACGUGCAGGCAUCCGAUGCUGACCCGGCGUUCUUUUUUGUGCUGUCUCUGCACGUACCCCAGCGUCCACGAAUGUCACACUGCCCUCAACAAAGGGGGCAGGAGAGGUAAAGCAGUUACUGAGCCCUGGAGAAAUGGGAAGCGGGGGAACAAAAACACACUGGACCUCGCCAUCCUCUCGAAGGAGUAGGAAAAGUUCUGGAUGGGAUGUCAAGAUUCGGUGAAGAUACCCUGCAAUGGUAAACUAGCAUUCUCGAAAUCAAUGCAGUGUGUGUGUGUGUGUGUGUGUUUGUGUGUGUGUGUGUCCCUGGCCUACCUUGAAGGGCUAAAACCUGAGGCUCGUUUGAGUGGGAAUUAAAAACAUCCAGCAUUCUUUCUGGGAACAGUUUACAAGCUCCUGAAAUCUCAGUAGGAUGGAUGAGUACAUUGGUCAUACAACAGACUCGUCCACAUGGGUUAUGAAAAGCUUCUAACAAUCUGCCCCCAAACACCCGAGGGUUGGCUGGGGGCUCCACAGCAUUUCCUUUCCCUUUUGGUGUGGUUUUAGUCCAACGGGAACACGGCCCAUCCGAUCCGUUUAUGGUUCGAGGUGUUGUGUGACACCUGACGAUGGUUUAAUACAGUAUCCUGGUUAAGGGUUUGACGCCAGAAGAGGUAUCCGCAGACGGACGUUCCAUUUUCUGCGGAGAGGUUGAAAUCUAACCCUGGCUUUCACCAAAGACGGUUCCUGCAUUCCUAUAACAUACGACGCCAGGGUGUGUGUCUACCACAUUAUGGCUUAACAUAGUGGCCUGGUUCAUGUACCCUGAUGAGGCUAUAUCUCAGUUACCCCAACACAUUAAACUAUAAACUAAAACGUUUCCCUGUCUAGUUGUGUCCGACUCUACGCAGCACGGGGCCCAUCUCCGUGUCUUGGCCGAGGGAGCCAGUGUUGUCCGAAGACUAUUUCCGUGGUCAUGUGGCCAGCAUGGCUACGCGCCAAAGACACACGGAACGCAGUUACUUUCCCACCGAAGUGGUACCUAUUGAUCUACUCGCAUUCGCAUACUUUCUACAAAACUACAAACGGCCUGUCCCUAUUUUGAUCCAGGCGGCUAUGUUGUGCGACCCACCAGCUCAACGCUUGAAUGGCUGGGAAGUUCACACAACCUGGUGUGCAGCGGGCGCUGUGUUUUGAGGAGCAGGAGGGAGGAGGGCGAGGAGAACAGGAACACAAAAUGAGAACAGUGACUACGUUCGUACAACGUACUUAUAACCUGAUCCGUUAAAAGACCCUGCGGAUCAAUUUGCAAUUCCGAGUUGGCUGCGGAAUAAAGUCUUGACUAGGCUUUUAUGAUUUAGUAGUGCAUUGCUGACAGCCACGCCUGGGAAGACAAGAUGGCGAAGGUGAGAGACUAUAGGAAGAAAACCCAGUUUUGUGUCCACUGUUGGUCAUGAAAUGAGCUGUUGGGUUGACUUGGGGCAAGCCAAGCUGCCUUACUCCAAAUUAUCUUGCGGCUCGAGGUGAUUUUUCUUGUUUUACUUCUGAAUAAUACAAUAGCAGAGUUGGAAGGGACCUUGGAGCUCUUCUAGUCCAACCCACUGCCUAGGCAGGAAACCCGUUUCAGACUAAAAUUCUAAUCCAAGAAUCUUCUUCAACUCUGGUGGGGAAUGGAAGGGAAUGACUGAGACUUUCUCGCUACAGACUUUCGCAGCCUGGUGGUUAUGGAGCAAAUACAGAUAGUCCUCGACUUACGGCCAUGGUUGAGCCCCAAAUUUCUGCCACUAAGCGAGACGGUUGUUCAGUGAGUUUUGCUCGGUUGUACGACCUUCCCAGCCGCAGUUGUUACAUGAAUCACUGCAGUUAUGAAGUUAGCCACAUGGUUGUUUAAGUCACACUGACUUUGCGGGUUAGAAGGUCGCAAAAGAGGAUCGCAUGACCCCAGGAUAACGCAACUGUCACAAGUACAUGUCAGUUGCAAAGUGUCUGAAUUUGGAUCACAUGGCCAGCGGGAAUGCGUGCAAUGGCCAUACGGUCGUAAGUCCCUUUUUUCGGUGCUGAAAAUUGUCACUAAAUGAAUGGUCAUAAGCUGAGGACUACCGGUGUCUCUGGAUUUCCAGUCAAGUUUUGACUGCAGUGGCC